AUGUUCUUAGCACCUGUGCUUGAGGGCCCAUUGCCGCACUCUUUCUGGACCUACACCGUUCCUCAGAUGGUACACCAGGAACCGGCCUUGAGGAAUGCGGCUGUGGCGCUUGGCUCUCUGUACCAGAAGUUCAGAGAGGAUACACAAAGUGAGGCGGAGAAAAGGUUCUCUCUCGGUCGUUACAAUUCGGCUAUACGCCAGAUUGCUCUGCUGCAACAAGGACACCUAGACACGGUGGUUAUCGCCUGUGUUAUCUUCAUGGCUGUUGAGAUUAUUCGCAGGAAUAAUGAGCAGGCACUCCUUCACUACAGGCAUGGGAAACGCAUUUUGGAAUCCUACACUCCUAAUGCACAGAUCGAAGGGAUCUUUCGCCAGAUGUACAUGUUUGUGCUAUUCACCAGUCCCUCGGGUAGCUUGUUACCAGAGAAAGAUGGAUGUCCUCAUAUCACCCAGCCUUUUUGGUCGCUUCUCCAAGCGCAAGAGGAACUUGACUGGCUCGUUUACCGGUCCAUGGAGGUGGUAUACUUUGUGAACAAACACUGCGAAGAGGCUAUUAUCCUACCCAUGCAGCAUGAACUUAACGAGGAAUUAGAUAACUGGUUCCACGCUGUAUCCGGCUUGGUAUCUCAGGAUCUACCCGUACUUCAAAGGGCGGCAUAUCACAUGCUCGAGGCCCGAUGGCUGAUUUGCAAAAUUUGGUGCCAUGGGUCCUUGAAUGGUGAUCAAGGAUACAAUGACUGUACCCAGAUGUUCCGACGGGAAUUGGAGCUUCUGCAGGAGUUGAUGGCAAUGGGUGCGCCUAAAAGCACAUUCGAGAUUGGAGUCCCACCACUCUUGCAUUUUCUCUUCACGAAAUGCAAGGACUUGAAUCUUCGGCUUUCAGCCCUGGCUUUGUUCAGGGAGAAGUGCUUUACGCCUGAUACAUUGUGGGACUUUAUGGUGAUUUAUGAAACUGCCCAGCGACGAAUUGAAAAUGAGCAUGAUCUGGUCCUUGGAUCUGAAUGGUCUCGGGCGAUUGAUCUGGAUAUUGUGCCUGCGAAGAAGAAGACCGCACUCACACGUACUGCAUGGGUUAGUGAGACUCAGUAUCUUUGUUCAUGGGUUCUUGUGGUCUUAGAUGUCUCUGAAGAUGUACGAGGAGCCAUUCCUUUAUAG